GCCAUUCCCACAGCGCUCCAGGCGUUUUGAGCUCUCCGGCUGAAGGAGCUGCUGCUUCCUGUGUGCCCUUGGUUGCCGUCGCUAGGUGUGAAGGUCGGAUCGUUUCACAGUUUAGGCCUUCAGAACAUCUGCUUGGAACAGCCGGAUUUCCCCUCUGAUCAGUGAAACAGUCAAAAUGUCUGAAGUAACCAAGACAGAAGAACAGCAAGUAGAGAAGAAUUUGGAUGAAGAAGUGGAGAAAACACCUCAUGCUUUAGAGUCAGCUUCAGGUGUCGGGUGUGAAGGCAAUAGUUCUGCUUCAGGUACAGAUCAGUCCACUGAAAAUGAAAAACAAGUUGAUAGUGGUGAUCAGGAUGGGAGAGAAAAGAGGAAGAAUUUAGACUCUGAAGAUGAACCUUCCAAGAAAGUACAUGUGAUUGGCCAUGGGCAAGCUGUAGCUGCACAUUAUAAUGAGCUUCAAGAAGUUGGAUUGGAAAAACGUAGCCAGUCUCGCAUAUUCUACCUCCGAAACUUUAAUAAUUGGACAAAGAGUGUCCUCAUUGGUGAAUUUAUAGAUCGGGUACGACAGAAGAAGAGUGAUAUAACUGUUUUGGAUCUAGGAUGUGGGAAAGGUGGAGACUUACUGAAAUGGAAAAAAGGCAGAAUUAAAAAACUCGUCUGUACUGACAUUGCUGACAUUUCUGUGCAACAGUGCAAGCACCGCUAUGAAGAAAUGAAAUCCCGAUGUCGGUAUAAUGAACAUAUUUUUGAUGCAGAAUUCAUACAAGCAGAUAGUACCAAGGAUCUCUUGUCUUCCAAGUACAGUGAUCCAGAUAUGCGCUUUGACAUUUGCAGCUGUCAAUUUGUUUACCACUAUUCAUUUGAGACAUAUGAGCAGGCUGACAUGAUGCUUAAAAAUGCUUGUGGGAAUCUCUCUCCUGGAGGUUAUUUCAUUGGCACAACUCCAAAUAGCUUUGAACUUGUAAAGAGACUCGAAGCUUCAGAAACAAAUUCUUUCGGGAAUGAUGUGUACAAUGUGAAAUUUGAAAAGAAGGGAGACUACCCCUUAUUUGGCUGCAAGUAUGAUUUUCACUUGGAAGAAGUGGUUGAUGUCCCUGAGUUUUUGGUUUACUUUCCCUUACUGGAAGAAAUGGCAAAGAAACAUGGUAUGAAAUUAGUCUACAAAAUGACAUUUCGGGAAUUCUAUGAAGAAAAAAUCAAGAACGAGGAGCAUAAAAUGCUGUUAAGGAGAAUGCAGGCCUUGGAGCCAUAUUCUACACAUGGUGAUUCCAGGCUUGUUUCUGAUAAACCUGAUGAUUAUGAUCAUGCAAAAGAGUUUAUCAAAGAUGGCAAGGCAAAGUUACCAUUGGGAACCUUGAGUAAGUCUGAAUGGGAAGCAACAAGUAUUUACUUGGUAUUUGCAUUUGAGAAGCAACCAUAGGACUUCACAUACUGGAUGCAGCAAGAAGAGAUCAUAUCCAUGUGCAAGUUGGAAUGAUCAGAAAUCCAUUGUGGCAACUAUUUUUUUAUUUUUUAUUUUUUAUUUUUU